AUGGUUCCUUCACACACUCUUUUUGCAGAUGAUAUUAUGAUUUUCUGUAGAGGAGAUUCUAAAUCCAUAAAGGCAAUAUCAGAUCUUCUUAAAGAUUAUGGCAACUGCUCAGGCCAGAUUUGUAACUUUUCCAAAUCCUUGACAUAUGCUGGUGGACUGUCCCAAGCCAGGCAUACUAGUUUGGCUAAUCUAAUUGGAUUUUCUUUGGCUAGUCCUCCUUUCAUAUAUCUAGGAGUCCCUAUUUUCAUAGGUAAACCUAAGGCUUGCUUUUUUCUUCCAAUUGCAGAUAACAUCAGACUGAAGUUAGCAGCAUGGAAAGCCAAAAUUCUUACUAUGGCUGGGAGGACUCAACUGGUUAAAUCAGUCAUCCUCAGUAUGGUUGUUCAUAGCAUUUCAAUCUAUAAUUGGCCAGGCAGCAUCAUAAAGAAGAUAGAGAGCAGGCUAAGGAACUUUAUAUGGAGUGGUAGCAUUGAUAAAAAGAAGUUAGUCACAGUUGCUUAG